AGGGGUGCGCGCGCGCGGGCGGGCGAGCGAGGUCCUCGCGGAACAAAGGAAACCCGGGAGCGCAGCAGCGCGGGGAGCAAGGGAGGGGAGCGCGGAAACGGUGCCAAACCUCAUUCCCGGGGCCUCCCGGGGGGUCGUCCGCCUUCCACCAUGACCGCCAACGGCACGGCCGAGGCGGUGCAGAUCCAGUUCGGUCUAAUCAACUGCGGCAACAAGUACCUGACGGCCGAGGCGUUCGGGUUCAAGGUGAACGCGUCGGCCAGCAGCCUGAAGAAGAAGCAGAUCUGGACGCUGGAGCAGCCGCCCGACGAGGCGGGCAGCGCGGCCGUGUGUCUGCGCAGCCACCUGGGCCGCUACCUGGCGGCCGACAAGGACGGCAACGUGAGCUGCGAGCGCGAGGCGCCGGGCGCCGACUGCCGCUUCCUGAUCGUGGCGCACGACGACGGCCGCUGGUCGCUGCAGUCCGAGGCGCACCGGCGCUACUUCGGCGGCACCGAGGACCGCCUGUCGUGCUUCGCGCAGACCGUGUCGCCCGCCGAGAAGUGGAGCGUGCACAUCGCCAUGCACCCGCAGGUCAACAUCUACAGCGUCACCCGCAAGCGCUACGCGCACCUGAGCGCGCGGCCCGCCGACGAGAUCGCCGUGGACCGCGACGUGCCGUGGGGCGUCGACUCGCUCAUCACGCUCGCCUUCCAGGACCAGCGCUACAGCGUGCAGACCUCCGACCACCGCUUCCUGCGCCACGACGGACGCCUGGUGACGCGCCCCGAGCCCGCCACCGGCUACACGUUGGAGUUCCGUUCCGGAAAGGUGGCCUUCCGCGACUGCGAAGGUCGUUACCUCGCCCCGUCGGGGCCCAGCGGCACGCUCAAGGCCGGCAAAGCCACCAAGGUGGGCAAGGAUGAGCUCUUCGCCCUGGAACAGAGCUGCGCACAGGUGGUGCUGCAGGCGGCCAACGAGAGGAACGUGUCCACGCGCCAGGGUAUGGACCUCUCAGCCAAUCAGGACGAAGAGACCGAUCAGGAGACCUUCCAGCUGGAGAUAGACCGGGACACCAGGAAGUGCGCCUUCCGCACCCACACGGGCAAGUACUGGACACUGACGGCCACUGGAGGCGUGCAGUCCACCGCAUCCACCAAGAACGCCAGCUGCUACUUUGACAUCGAAUGGCGUGACCGCCGCAUCACGCUGCGAGCGUCCAAUGGCAAGUUUGUGACCGCCAAAAAGAACGGGCAGCUGGCCGCCUCAGUGGAGACAGCAGGAGAUGCCGAGCUCUUCCUCAUGAAGCUGAUCAACCGCCCCAUCAUAGUGUUCCGUGGGGAACACGGUUUCAUCGGCUGCCGCAAGGUCACGGGUACCCUGGAUGCCAACCGCUCCAGCUACGAUGUCUUCCAGCUUGAGUUUAACGACGGUGCCUACAACAUUAAAGACUCCACGGGCAAGUACUGGAUGGUGGGCAGCGAUUCCUCAGUCACCAGCAGCAGUGAUGUCCCGGUGGAUUUUUUCUUCGAGUUCUGCGACUACAACAAGGUGGCCAUCAAGGUGGGCGGACGCUACCUGAAAGGGGACCAUGCCGGGGUCCUGAAGGCCUGCGCAGAGACCAUCGACCCAGCCUCGCUCUGGGAGUACUAGGGCCAUCUUCCCCCAUGGGCCGCCCCUCCAGACCCUCCCGCUAGCCUUCCUCCUCAGGUGGCCCCAUAACAAGUGGUUGAGCCCCUUGCCUUCCAAACUGGAAAACCCAGAGAAAACGCUGCCCCCCCCACAUGUCGCCCUCCAUGGACCCUUUCUCCCCCUUCCUUGCUGUCCAUGGGUCAGUGGCCAUAGCCGUCCCUUGGAGGGACUUUGGAUCCCUCAGCACCCCUCCUCUGCCAUGGGGCACACUGGCACCUCUUUUCUUCUGACCUCAGACGACUCUGAGCCUUAUUUGCCCAGGAAGUGGCCCAGGAGAAGUAGGGGCCUGGGGAGCUGCCUCAGUCUCUGGGCUUUUAACUGGAAUCUCCUGUACACAUGCCCUCCCCCCCUCCCCCAGCCUGGUAUUGGCACCUCGCUCGGUGUCCCACAUCAGGAGACAAGCCUUGAGGUGGGCCUGCAGCUGGAGGAGGCCUGGCUUGCUCAGAGUGUGCUUCUGAAUCACGUCUGGAGGGCAGCCCUCAUCCUAGAGGCCCAGCCUAGUUCCCUGGUGCAAAGUGGGCUGGAUGAUGGUGACUAGUUUGCCCCCUGUAUUUCUGGGAUUUGGGGGUGGGGUACCCUGCUCCUGUCUCAUUUUCACCCUGGCCAGACUGGAAAUGACCAAAUCAGUAUUUUUUUUUUUUUUUAAAUGAAAUGUUAGCCUUGGAAGUGCCCCAGCUCGGAGCUGUGAGUGGUCUUUGGGGUGGGGUGUCACUUGUUUACCUUCCCAGUGGGUCUUGUCCCCUCCUGCCUGUUCACUCCUCAGCCUGGCCCUGUGAUUGGUGCUUCACCUCUCUGCCUCACACCUUGGGGCUCCUGGGCAGGAGGAAGCCAGGUGCGUCCCUUCCCCGGGAGCCCCGGAGGUUGGGCUCUCCUUGGGCCUGGCUCCCGGCUCCCGGCCGCCACCCCUGCCCCAUCAGUUCCUACCAUCACCAUGUAUCUCACUCUGGGUGUCUUGGUCUUUUUUUAUUUUUAUUUUUUGUAAGUGUCAUUUGUAUAACUUCAGAGGCCCACCAUAGUUGCUUUGAACUGGAAAACAGCAAAAUAAAGUAACGCCAGUGCA